GUCGUUUGUAUAAACAAAACGGAUCAGUAUAGCCGUUUUUUGGGAAUUGUAAGUUAUGUCGCCUCGCGUGCGCGUUACUAACACACCGCAACGCUUUUCCCGUCGUUAUCAGCGCGUAUAAACGCCGUGCGGAGCGCUAAAUAAAGGCAUUUAGUGUCUGAUCGAAACGGAACUGACUGUUUGUGCUGCGAAAAUAUGGCAGAGUUGCACGUUGAGCCCAGCUCGACUGGCAUCAUCGAGCAGACUGAGCAUUGUGAAAUCAGAGGCUCAGUGAACGUGAGACUCCCCUCGCCUACACUGCUGAUUCCGUCCCGGAGUGGCUUGUCCAGUCCAGGGGUCUCCUGCUCCAGAGCAGUAUUUGGGUUCCCUAUGAAGAGCAACCCCACUUCCCCAUCAUCAGAAGCCACAGAGAAGCCUGGUUCUCGGUGGGUUCGGCUGAAUGUCGGGGGAACAUAUUUUGUUACAACGAAACAGACCCUGUGCAGGGAUCCUAAAUCGUUUCUGUAUCGAUUAUGUCAGGAAGAUCCAGAUCUGGAUUCGGAUAAGGAUGAGACAGGAGCAUAUUUGAUUGACAGGGAUCCCACAUAUUUCGGACCCAUCUUGAACUACUUGAGGCAUGGGAAGUUGAUCAUCAACAAGAACCUCGCUGAGGAGGGUGUUCUAGAGGAAGCAGAGUUUUACAACAUUGCGUCACUUGUGAGGCUGGUGAAGGAGAGAAUACGAGACAAUGAAAACAGAACAUCUCAGGGCCCUGUGAAGCAUGUGUAUCGUGUAUUACAAUGUCAAGAGGAGGAGCUCACUCAGAUGGUUUCCACCAUGUCAGACGGAUGGAAGUUUGAACAGCUCAUAAGUAUCGGCUCCUCCUAUAACUAUGGCAACGAGGACCAAGCCGAAUUCCUGUGCGUCGUUUCCCGGGAGCUCAACAACUCCACUAAUGGAAUUGUUAUCGAGCCCACCGAGAAGGCUAAGAUCCUUCAGGAGAGGGGGUCCAGGAUGUGAGGAACCUGGUGCCUGAGCCCACACAGAUCUCCCAUCCCUCACCUCCUUUCUCCAGAUCCUCCUCCACCAUACAGCUGACUCCAAGUUCAUCAGCCCACCCUCCCCUCCUCCCUUGUGCCUUUCCACUGUGGGGGUUUCAGUCCCCCUCCUCCCUUCAGUGCUGCAGCAUUAACCGAUCAGCACCACCACUAACUAUCAUCACUAAUCAAAAAUGCGUCCGAGGUUAAACCUCAGACCAUCACAUUUGAUGCAAGACCUGCUUAGAGAGAGGAUUACAGGGAAGGAUUCAUCAUUCAUCUUAAUGCUUAUUUAUGCAGACUUCAUCAUCAUCUUCCUCAUAUCCCGGUCACUAUCAUCAUAAUCUUUACAGCUGCUGGCUUUAAAUGUUUUAAGGGGGUUCAGUUGCCCCUGUUGGCUCGGCUGCGUCCACAUGACCAUAAUUUCCUCAGGACUUCCAAAUGGUGUACAAGAUAGCCUCAUUUCUCUGACCGUCAAUACAGCUUCUCAUAACAACCGCAUUCACUUACACUGUAAAUCAUUAGCAGCCAAAUGUGUAUCAUUUCAGCAUUCAUUUCCCAUUGCCUGGUCAGACCAAGAGCACAGCAGAUGGCACAACGGAAAAAACGAAGACAGCAGCUUUUGAACAUGCAGUAUUUUGUCUUCAAAGCGGCAUGUUUCUUUUGUUAACUACCCAUUUACACAUCUGGAAAGGACCAGAGGAGAUGGGAAAACUAAUACUGCCAAUUGUCCGGUCAGAUGCUCCAAAUCGCGUGUCCAUUGCUAUGAAGAUGUCUCACAUUUUCCGAUUCGCUCCGGUUGACUUCUGUCAUCCUGGAUUUUUUUUCUAUUUUUUUGCCUUGUCGCUGUGGAUAUUUCAAAACAGGAAAUAAAAAAAAUCAAAGAAAUAUGCGGUUUUAGGGCAUGUGAGGAUUAUGUAUAUUCAAACCAUAUGUAUUACGAAGAGGCCGAAUGCAAGUCAUGUAAUUGUUGAUAUCUGUACCAUAGUGGUCGUUUUUUGUGUUAAUCAAGAUGAGUUUCUCUCUCUGAUUGGGGAAGGUUCUGAAUCGAACCCUAAUGUAUUUUUUUUUAAAGCCUGGUCGCCGAGAUGUGAAAUUGAUUGUUGUGUUUUUCCUUUAAACACUUUGUCGAUGACUGGAAAAAAAGAAAAAAAAGCCGGAGACUUUUUGUAUAGACGUACAUAGUCCAGGUGGUUCAGGAGACUGUUGUUGGACAAAGUGCCCACUAGUUUUGAGUCAGGGCAAAACUGCAUUAGUGGCUCUUUGUUGCAUUUUUUUGACACUUUUCUGACAUUUUAAAUUCAGAACUGACUCUCCCCGUAACAUUCUGGCUAUUUAACUGUUUCAAUGAUUUCUGUUUAAAGUCUGAUCACGUCAGUUGAAUGUUUUUGAAUGUAUUUUGACACUUUUCUGACAUUUUCAAUUCAGAUCUAACUCUCCACCGUAACAUUUAGGGUAUUUAACAGUUGAACUUAUUUUUGUUUAAAGUCUGAUCACGUCAGUGGAAUGUUUUUGAAUGUAAAGGGCUCCAUUUAUUAUGAAACAUUCUUGCCUUUUUUUCUUCUUUUUUUCAUUUCAAAAUCUAAUAUAAUUUCCGGCAAAACAUUUUAUGUUUGCUUCAUUUUAACAUUGAAGCUUUGUCUUUGAAACCAGUGGCCCUCAUUGUUUAACCCAAUCUAGCAGCAGAUGAACCUGAUCUCCUGUUUUAUCGCCUGUAUUUUUUAUAUAAUUACAUUGUGGUUUCUCGGAAUCUGCUGUGACUACAUCACAAAUUGUCAGUAUUUGAACGGUAUCCAGGCUGUAUUUUGGUUAUUCGGUUCUUCAUAUCUAUUGAUGAAAUAUUGUUGAAUCUAGGGGUCAGGUAAGAUGGCAUCAUGUGCGUGGACUUUAGGUGACGAUUUUAUGGUCGGCAGUGUUUUAAAGUGUUGUCUCUCUCUAAAUACAUUUAAGGAUUUUUACCUCUUUAUCGCACUAAACUCAUGUCUUUGGUUUAUCAGAUCAAGAAGGCGAAGUACUUGAGUUUGUGAGAUAGUUGUUGGCUUUCCCUUUCUUCUGUUGUGUUAAUGUUUUCCCCCUCCUGAAGAGAGUUUAUUUGUUCAGCCCCAAUUAUUAGUCAUUGAAGCUCCUGUAACAGGACCUCGGCUCUCUCACAGGAUCCUAUUGUACAUUCCCAUUGUUCAAAUAGGUUUCAGGUCUGAUUUCAAAGAAGAAUCCUGGAUUCAAAACUAGAUGGUGCUGUUUAAGUCUCUCUCCGUCCCAAUGGUUUGUCUAGUGUUGUGCCUUUGACCUGUCAUGCCCUUCAUGUCUUCACUCCUAGAUUACUCUACUUUAAAUACAGAUGGUUGGGAAAUGGUGUUUAUUUUAUGUUUGUUUUGACUAAAUCAGUUCUGUUCCUUGACUCAGAUACUGACUGUGCCCGUUUCCCCUGAGUUUAUGGUACUUGUUGUUUCAGUGGUUCAUCUGUAUUUAGCUUUUCCACUCCUGCCCCUAUGCACUUUCAUUAUAAUGCAUUAUUAUACCUGCAUUAUAAUGUUCUCACUGUGUGGAUUUUGUUUUUAGAUUUUGUUCUAUUUUUAGAGUCGAACCCCAUGUGAGGCAGAAGAAAAUGUCAUGGGCAGUCUCAAGAUUUAUUUGGGACAGUUCAGGAAACUGAUAUGGACGUCACAUUGACUGCUGAUGCUUUAAGCACUUGAGAUUGUGAGACUUCUGUGUGUCUCCUUUUCCUUAGAAAUCUACCAUUCUUCUUUAGGUCUUGUACCCCAUGUUGUUUAAGAUCAAACAAAAAGGUAUAUAAAUAAAGAUAUUUUCUUUGUGGGAAAAAAGAUAUAUGCUAUUCUGAAAAACAGGAGGUUGGUGUUUUGGAAUACCAACUUGGAAGCAUGCAAUGUGUUGAGUAUAAAAUGCUGGGAUGUUGUCAUAUUGUGACGGUGAAUUGGUGCAUGGACAGAUGACGGAUGGUAUUAAUAAUAUUUGAGAAGUGGAAAUUAAAAAAAAUAUAUGGCCCUAUUUUAACUGUUCUGUACAGAAAUUGAUCAAAUCAAACACAGUACUACUGGAAAAACUUGCUUGCUGAGGCUAAAUAUGCUUAUGCAACACCCCAUGUAUCUGAUAAAAGAUAUAGCUUUCAACCAAUGUUUUCGAACUGGCCAAAAGUGCAGACCUCUGUCAUAACUUCUUCAAAUAAAAGUUAAAAACAAGGUCCAUGUUUAACAUAAGUUGUUUUUUUUCUUCUUGCCAUAAUAGCCUACAACACCUGCAUGCUUUAAUAUACAGUACACACGCAUUUUAAUGUGCUAAAAACCUGCUCUUUCAUCAGAUGUAUUGGGUGUAUUGCAUUGUCAACAGUAUUGAUGUAAAGUGUCAAAUAUGUCACUAGGCUAUGGAGAUUGUGGAGCUAAGUGUUCUGGAAAUGAAUAGUCUUGAUCAGACUGUAUUUUUCAAAAAAAAAAAAAAAGUUUUUUUUCAUUUUUAAAGUUUGUCUUCUGAUGCAGUUUCUUGCAAUGUACAGAUUGCAAAGUCAUAAUGUAUGAUUUUUAUCAUAAAAUGUGUUUGUGUUUCAGAUUG